ACAGCUGCAUGUUCUCUUUAAGAACGUUUUUCAUCUAAUACAAAACCUCCAUUUAAUGCCCUUCUGUGCUUCCAUCUCUACAAAUACCCGAUAACCUAACUUCCAUACUCCACACAAAUCUCACUGUUAUUCUAAGAGUUCAACUGGCCUCUGAAAAUAUUGGAAUUUUCAUCAUGUCUUUCCUUAAUCUCCUUAUUCUUCUGUUAUGUAUUUCUGUGCAUGCAUGCAGUUCCCGCUGUUUGAGUAACAUUAUCAAAGAGACCCACAAGCAAGGCCAUCUCUUUACCAGGGAUGUCGAUAAAGCUAAAGUAGACAAGUCUGUUACUCAACCAUGGACACAAGGUGAACAAGAAAUAGAGAACAAGCAAAGAAAAAUCCAUGAGAAUUGGGAUGGUGAAAACGCUAUGAAGACACAGAAAUCAAAGGCUUUCUUGAACGAAGAAGCCUCAAAGCGUGCAACCUCAGGAAAUAAUUUCCUACCUUCUCCGUGUGAUUUGCAACUAGUGGCUAAACCAGAGAGGGUGAAGAAGAGCCAAGGACGGUGGCUGCUAGAAUCUCCACCACAUGAAACUGAUGAAGUUGUAAAUGCCAAGGAAACCGAGGUUGUGGACGAUGUAACUGUAAUGGAUUAUGCUCAACCGCAUCGAAAACCACCCAUCCACAAUGAAAAGUCCUAGAUCAUCAUAUUUUUUAUGCAUAUGUUUUUAUUUCUUCUUCUUCUCCUUUUAUAAGAAUUUCUAGUUAUCAUUAGCAAAUGAUAUUUCCACAAGCUGUUUGUGGUUGUGGGUACUGUAUGUUCAUAUUCAAGAGCUUAUUCUUCUCCAGUAUGAAAAGUCGCUAUUUUCAUAAACUAGUAUGAUAAUUCUAAUUUUUACUAGGUGGGUUUGUUCUUUAAA